UCCCUCAGUGACAUAAAUCUUUAGUCUAUUGCCGGCUGACGCCGCCAUAUUUUGCUAGUGACUGAUUUUCGCGCCCGAUAAUUACACUGAAUACUCGUAUUUUCGUGAUGUUAGAAGGAUUGUUGAGAUAAGUAGCUGUUAUUAGUGAAUAAUACUGUUUUUUCUAUCAUGUCGCAAAACGAAGAAGCAAUGGAUGUCGCAGAUGUUGGGGAUAAUUCGAAUGGAUCAUCCAGUGACACUACUUCAUCUAGAGGCAAAGAGGGCGAUUUCGAAAGUAAAAUAGAAACUGACCGUUCUAAAAGGUUCGACUUUCUUCUCAAGCAGACCGAGAUCUUUUCUCAUUUCAUGACUAAUGCCCCGAAAUCAAACAGCCCACCAAAACCUAAAGCAGGAAGACCAAAAAAGAAUAAAGACCUUGAUACCUCUGGAGGAGCAGGAGACCAUCGACACCGUAAAACUGAACAAGAAGAAGAUGAAGAAUUGCUUGCCGAAACAAACACUAAACAGAAAACAAUAUUUCGUUUUGAAGCUUCACCACACUAUGUCAAAAAUGGUGAAAUGCGUGACUACCAAGUUCGUGGUCUAAACUGGAUGAUCUCUUUGUAUGAAAAUGGAAUCAAUGGAAUAUUGGCUGAUGAGAUGGGUCUGGGCAAAACACUACAAACCAUUUCCUUGCUUGGAUAUAUGAAACAUUUCAAAAAUGUCCCUGGGCCACAUAUUGUUAUAGUGCCAAAAUCAACUCUCACAAACUGGAUGAAUGAAUUCAAGAAGUGGUGUCCUUCCUUGAAAGCUGUCUGUCUAAUUGGUGACCAAGAAACAAGGAAUACUUUUAUCAGAGAAACCUUGAUGCCUGGGAAUUGGGAUGUCUGUAUAACAUCAUAUGAAAUGAUUAUUAGAGAAAAAUCGGUGUUUAAAAAAUUCAACUGGAGAUACAUGGUUAUUGAUGAAGCUCAUCGAAUCAAGAAUGAAAAGUCCAAGCUUUCGGAACUGUUGAGAGAGUUUAAAAGCAUGAACAGAUUGCUUCUGACUGGAACCCCCCUACAAAAUAAUCUUCAUGAGUUGUGGGCACUUUUGAAUUUCCUUUUGCCUGAUGUUUUUAACAGCUCAGAUGAUUUCGACUCAUGGUUCAACACAAAUGCAGCUUUGGGAGAUAACCAGUUGGUUUCACGUUUACAUGCCGUUUUAAGACCAUUUUUACUGAGACGUUUGAAAUCUGAAGUAGAAAAAAAACUGAAACCCAAAAAGGAGGUCAAAGUUUAUGUGGGUUUGAGCAAAAUGCAAAGAGAGUGGUAUACAAAGGUUUUGAUGAAAGAUAUUGAUGUUGUGAAUGGUGCUGGAAAAGUCGAGAAAAUGAGGUUACAAAAUAUUCUGAUGCAGUUGCGUAAAUGUUGCAACCACCCGUACCUAUUCGACGGCGCCGAGCCCGGCCCGCCUUACACCACGGACGAGCACUUGGUGUACAACUGUGGCAAACUGGCCAUCCUCGAUAAGCUGCUGCCUAAACUUAGAGAGCAGGGCUCCAGAGUGCUCAUAUUCUCUCAAAUGACAAGAAUGUUGGAUAUUUUAGAAGAUUAUUGUCUCUGGAGACAGUACAAAUACUGCCGCUUGGACGGUCAAACACCUCAUGAAGAUAGAAAUAGACAAAUUGAAGAGUAUAAUGCUGAAGGAAGUGAAAAGUUUGUAUUCAUGUUGUCUACAAGAGCUGGUGGUCUUGGUAUUAAUUUAACAUCAGCCGAUGUAGUCAUCAUCUAUGACUCCGAUUGGAACCCACAGAUGGAUUUGCAAGCUAUGGACAGAGCUCAUCGUAUAGGACAGAUGAAACAGGUGCGCGUGUUUCGUCUCAUAACAGACAAUACAGUUGAAGAAAAAAUUGUUGAGCGUGCUGAAGUGAAACUAAGAUUGGACAAACUGGUUAUUCAGUCUGGCCGACUAGUUGACACUAAAAAUCAGUUAAACAAAGAUGAAAUGCUCAACAUGAUUAGACAUGGUGCAAACCACGUCUUUUCGUCAAAAGAUUCUGAAAUCACUGAUGAAGAUAUAGACACCAUAUUGGCUAAGGGAGAAGUUAAGACUGAAGAACUUAAGCAAAAAUUAGAGAGUCUAGGAGAGUCCUCAUUGAGAGCAUUUUCUAUGGACACUCCCGGCGCGGCAACCGAUUCGGUAUAUCAAUUCGAAGGUGAGGAUUAUAGGGAGAAACAGAAAGUUAUUCCCAUGGGUAGCUGGAUAGAGCCCCCGAAACGUGAGCGCAAAGCGAACUAUGCGGUAGACGCAUACUUCAGGGAGGCACUCCGUGUCUCCGAACCCAAGGCGCCCAAGGCUCCGAGACCCCCGAAGCAGCCGAUCGUGCAAGAUUUCCAGUUCUUCCCGCCCCGACUUUUUGAACUUCUUGAUCAAGAAAUUUACCACUACAGAAAAACUCUAGGGUACAAGGUGCCUCGUAAUCCUGAAUUGGGGCCAGAUGCUGCAAAAAUUCAGAGAGAAGAGCAACGCAAAAUUGACGACGCCGAAGCGCUUUCCGAAGAAGAAAUUCAGGAGAAGGAACAACUUUUAACUCAAGGGUUCACAAAUUGGACAAAACGAGAUUUCAACCAGUUCAUCAAAGCUAACGAGAAAUAUGGCAGAGACGACAUUGAAAACAUUGCUAAAGAUGUUGAAGGAAAGACACCAGAAGAGGUGAUGGAAUAUUCAGCUGUGUUCUGGGAAAGAUGUCACGAACUUCAAGAUGUGGACCGUAUUAUGGGACAGAUAGAAAGGGGAGAAGCAAAGAUACAGAGAAGAGCCUCAAUAAAAAAAGCGUUAGAUGCGAAGAUGGCCCGCUAUAGAGCACCGUUCCAUCAGUUGAGAAUCUCAUAUGGUACAAAUAAAGGCAAAAAUUAUGUGGAAGAAGAGGACAGGUUCCUGGUGUGCAUGCUGCACAAGCUGGGCUUCGACAAGGAGAACGUGUAUGAGGAGCUGCGCGCUGCCGUGCACGCGGCGCCGCAGUUCCGCUUCGACUGGUUCCUCAAGUCGCGCACCGCCGUCGAGCUCCAGCGCAGAUGUAACACCCUUAUCACAUUAAUUGAGAGAGAAAAUCAGGAAUUGGAAGAAAAAGAACGCGCUGAGAAAAAGAAAAAGAGUGGAAAUGCAAAUCAGAAUACUCCUGGCGGGAAUGCCAAUAAAGGCGCGAACGCUGGGAAGCGCAAAGCAGAGAAUACUCCCGACAAUGCACAGAAGCAAAAGAAAAAGAAGAAAUGAAACCAUAACAUAAUACAGUUAUCAUGUGAGAGGGUCCCAGUUGCAUAAUGUUUUUACACACACGGUAAACUGAAUUGAAUUUGAAUUUAUUUUAUUACUUUUACACUUGCAUUGAUCUUGAGUGUGGUUAGGAUCAAUACUGAUUAUUGCAAAACAAAUAG